GUCUGGAGGAAGCGCCAGAGCAGACGCUGGUCCUGCGCGGAGCCGGUUGCCACUCCCGCCCCGCGCCCAAGGGACACCGCUGGGACACAUCUCCAAGCACCGGGUACCGAGCACCGGGCACUCUUUAAGCAGGGGAUGUGAACUGCCCCCCGCGACAUGGCAGCCUCAGGGGUGCCCAGAAGAUGUGACAUCCUCAUAAUCUACAGCCCGGAUGCAGAGGAAUGGUGCCAAUACCUCCAGGACCUUUUCCUGACCAGUCGGCAGGUCCGCAGCCAGAAGAUGCUGACACACCGGCUGGGCCCCCAGACCUCCUUUUCUGCUGAGGACCUGCGCCUCUUCCUGAGCCCCCGCUGCGUUUUGGUGCUGCUGUCUGCAGAGCUGGUGCAGCACUUCUACCAGCCUGCGCUGCUGCCUGUGUUGCAGAGGGCCUUCCAGCCGCCACGACGCGUGGUCAGGCUGCUGUGUGGGGUUCAGGGCAGUGACGAGGAAUUCUCGCACUUCUUCCCCAACUGGGCCCACUGGCAGGAGCUCACCUGUGACGACGAGCCUGAGAUCUACCUGGAGGCCGUGAGGAAGGCCAUUUCUGAAGAUUCUGGCUGUGACUCAGUCACUGACACAGAGCCUGAGGACGAGAAGGUCCUUCCCUACUUGAAGCAGCAGAACUUGCCAACGGAGACUUCACCUGGGAACCUGAUGGUGGUGCAGCCGGACCGCAUUCGCUGUGGGGCAGAAACCACUGUCUACGUCAUUGUGAGAUGUAAGUUGGAUGACAAGGUGGCAACAGAAGCAGAAUUUUCUCCUGAGGAUUCUCCGUCCGUAAGGGUGGAAGCCACUCUGGAGAAUGAGUACACAGUGUCUGUGAAGGCUCCUCACCUUUCAUCUGGGAACGUUUGUCUGAAGAUAUAUUCUGGGGACUUAGUGGUGUGUGAAACCAUUAUAAGCUAUUAUACUGACAUGGAAGAAAUCGGGAAUUUAUUGUCCAAUGCUGCAAAUCCUGUGGAGUUCAUGUGUCAGGCCUUUAAAAUUGUGCCCUACAACACAGAGACCCUGGAUAAACUGCUCACCGAGUCCCUGAAGAACAACAUCCCUGCAAGCGGACUGCACCUCUUUGGAAUCAACCAGCUGGAAGAAGAAGAUAUGAUGACAAAUCAGAGGGACGAAGAGCUGCCCACCUUGUUGCAUUUUGCUGCAAAGUAUGGGCUGAAGAACCUGACCGCCUUGCUGCUCACAUGCCCAGGAGCCGUGCAGGCAUACAGUGUGGCCAACAAGCAUGGCCACUACCCCAAUACCAUCGCUGAGAAGCAUGGCUUCAGGGACCUGCGGCAGUUCAUCGAUGAGUAUGUGGAGACUGUAGACAUGCUGAAGAGUCAUAUCAAAGAGGAGCUGAUGCACGGGGAGGAGGCCGAGGCUGACGCCGUGUACGAGUCCAUGGCCCACCUGUCCACAGACCUGCUCAUGAAAUGCUCCCUCAACCCCGGCUGUGACGAAGAGCUGUAUGAGUCCAUGGCUGCCUUCGCCCCUGCGGCCACUGAAGACCUCUAUGUUGAAAUGCUUCAGGCCAGUACAUCUAAACCUGUCCCUGGAGAUGGCUUCUCUCGACCCACUAAGGACUCUAUGAUCCGCAAGUUUUUAGAAGGGAACAGCAUGGAAAGGGCUAAUUGGAAGAGAGAGCAGCACCAUCCUGGUGGGGAAGAAGAUGUUUAUCACAUAGUGGAUGAGGACGAAGCCUUUUCUGUGGACCUGGCCAGCAGGCCCCCUGUCCCAGUGCCCAGGCCAGAGGCCAGUGCUCUUGGCACUCAUCAGUUGCCGGACAAUGAACCGUACAUUUCUAAAGUUUUUGCAGAAAAAAGUCAAGAGAGGCCUGGAAAUCUCUAUGUUUCCUCAGAGAGCAUCAGAAAAGAGCCACCCGUCAGGCCAUGGAGGGACAGGCCCCAGUCGAGCAUCUACGACCCAUUUGCCGGGAUGAAAACACCAGGCCAGCGGCAGCUCAUUACCCUGCAGGAGCAGGUGAAGCUGGGCAUCGUCAACGUGGAUGAGGCCGUGCUGCACUUCAAAGAGUGGCAGCUCAACCAGAAGAGGCGAUCCGAGUCCUUUCGCUUCCAGCAGGAAAAUCUUAAACGGCUAAGAGAUAGCAUUACCCGAAGACAGAGGGAAAAGCAAAAAUCAGGAAAGCAAACAGACUUGGAGAUCACAGUCCCCAUUCGGCACUCACAGCACCUGCCUGGAAAAGUGGAGUUUGGAGUCUAUGAGAGCGGCCCCAGGAAAAGCGUCUUCCCCCCAAGGACAGAGCUGAGACGAGGAGACUGGAAAACGGACAGUACCUCCAGCACAGCGAGUAGCACAAGUAACCGAUCCAGCACACGGAGCCUCCUGAGUGUGAGCAGCGGGAUGGAGGGUGACAACGAGGACAAUGAAGUCCUCGAAGUUACUAGAAGUCGUAGUCCGGGCCCCACACAAAUGGAUGGACCACUUACUAUUCCCCUUGAGAGGCCUCCCAGGGUGCCUCCUCGAGCUGCCUCCCAGAGACCUCCAGCCAGAGAGAACUUUCUUCCUCCUCCACCUGUUCCACCCAGAGGUCGCUGAUUCCAUCUCCUAAGACCUGCCUUGCUGCCGGACUUUUAAGACUUGCAAUUUCCAGCCUGUUAAUGAUGACUUCAUGUUGAGUUUUCUGGCAUGACUGCUGACUUUAAGAUCCAGUCUCAUUGCUGACAUUGUUGCAACCCUGCUGGCUUGGGUUAUCCUUGAAGAGGAAUGAAGAAGUGAAAACCAAGGACUUGAUUCACCAUCAUCAAGUAUUUUGAUCCUCUUUCUUGUUUGCCAAAAGGAUGAAGACUCAAUCAGGACACUUAUCUCAAAUCUCUCAUAUCAGAAAUCUAACAAGAGUGAUCAGAAAUGUACUUUAUAAGUGAUUAUAUGGCAGUGCACUUGUAUUAGUCCCUAUGUAUUUGCUAGUCCAGUCUAAUUUCUAGAAGGGAGUAUAAGACUUUCAGUAUUCAAGUAAGAAAAGAAGUGACCUAAUUUAAAAUAAUUCUUCUACUUUCCUGUAUGUUCAGGAGUGUGUUUGAGUGGUAGAACUAGUCAUAUACAAAUAACCCGAAAAAGACUUUGGAAAAAAAUUAGUCCUAAUUCUUCUUAUACAGAAGGCAAAUCUGGGGUCCCCUACAAGUCUAGAACCAAGAGUGCUUGGUUGGUUAGAAGAAGAGGAAGGUUUAGAAUCUGGGUCUGCUGAUUCUAGGUUACUACACUCUCCAUCCAAAAGGACAGUCCCUCUUUCCUUCAAGAAAUGCCUAAAUGUAGAAAUUCACCAGCAACUGAUUAUUGGCAUUCUAGAAGCUUUUCUCUUCCAUAUCUUCAAGGCAUGGAACUACCAAGUAGCUCUUUCAGUUUAGAAAUUUAUAUUUUCAAAACAGUGAUAUUUGCCAGGGAACCACUGAAAGUGGUUAGAACCAGAAGCUUGGGAUUCCAGGGAGCCCAUUUCUUGUUCUCUUGUCUUCCUAAGUCUUAGUUCUGGCUAUAAAGAGAUAGGAAGAGCCUUGGCUUCCCCCCCGCCCCCCCCCACACUGCUGAAGAGUCUAAAGAGGGAGAAAGAAUCUAAAAUAGUAAUAGUUGUCUAUUUUCUUCCAGACUUAUUAAACCAGGCUUGGUAAAUCUGUUUGUGCAGAGACUUUGUGUAGAGACUUAAAUAUGUCAUGAGUUUUGAGUCCCCAUCAAACAAGUAUACCUUUAAAGCUCACAUCCUUAAUGAUGCUUAAACAUUUAGUAAAAUCAGUAUCUUAACUGUUGCUUUAAAAAUAUCAGAAAUCUGGUGGUUUCAGACCAGACCAGAGAAUAGACUUAUUCUCCAAUCCCUCACAGAUAUAUAAAAAACACAUCAUUAAUGGGCCAUUUAAAUACAGUUUUAUCAGAUCCUUUUCUAAUAAUUAAAGGUUCUUUCUCAAUCUCAUUCUUCAGCACAGCAAACAAGAACUCUUAUUGAAGUUGGGAGCUUCUGGAGGAGUCUUAGGUUUUGUUUGGUUUUGAUAUAAAAUACAAUAUUGGCCACACCAUAUUGAAAAUGUUUGCACCGAUUAUCUUGUGUAGCGCCUGGCACAUGGUAGCCAUUCUGUGAAUGGGCCCUCAAAGGUCCCUUUGCUUUCUUUAUCACUUCUUGGGGAGAAACAGAAGUAUGUGAGAUAAAAAGAAUAAGAAAUUACAAUAUCGAUACGGUUGUUCUUCCUGUUUUUUAUAGACAGUCUUUUAUCUAAAAAAUAUUUGAUUUUGAUAAGAGAUACUUUUUAAAUAUUCAGUACCUCUAAACCUCUUUUUGAAUGCCAAAUAACAUGGUAAAAUCUAUAUCGGCCAAUGGUGUUAGCAUCACUGUGCAAUAUUUUAUUAUUUAUUGUGUUUUGUUAUAUUAAAAUAAGUAGAAGACACAAAAUGAAAAUGCUGAUGAGAAGCCUGUGUCUCAUGAAUGUGGCCCACUUUAGACAUGGUUGGAACUGAUCAGAGGUACCCAGUCAUAAGUGACAAGUCUUAGGCUCUCAGUGGAUCCUCAUUGAAUAUCCAAACUGGUUAGCUGCAUAUAAAAGAAGGAAGUAUCUAGAUUAAAAAAUGGUAGUGUGUUAUCAAAGAAUUUUGCUAAUGUUGAGGAGAAAAUUUUAUUUUCUAAAAAGAAAACUGCACAUUAUAACAUAAACUUAUUUAAUUUCCACAUACUCAAAGCAUUUGUAUACCUUUUUAGGAAUACAUUAUGUGACAAAACCAUAGACUGUGAAUAUCAUGAGGAUCAGAAACUAAACUAUAAGCAGUAUCUAAGUAGACUGUUCCAGAGUAUUCUCUAUGAUGCUUUCGGAGACAGCUCUGCUUCCACCGUUCUUCUGCAAGAUUUUACAGACUGGCUUAAUAGAAAGGGAAGGAAUUGGUCAUAUUCACUGCUAUUACUUUUGCCCCUGUUUAGAAGGUAGACUGGCCUCCAAUUACUAGGCCAGCACUGUUCCUUCAUGUUAUGUUAAAAGCCAGGAGCAGAUAACCCAACUAAAUAAGCCAUAAAGUAUAAGACUGAGAGAUUCUGAACAAGAGGUUGUGUUGCUGUCAAAUAAUUUAACUUGACUUAUUUAAUGAUGUGAAUAAACCCUUAUGCUUUGCCAUAAUUACACAAAGUGAUGGAAUGUAGAUGACUUUAAUGAAUAUUUUUACAAGUCAUGUUACCCAACCCUCAUUUUUUUCUUUGCUUUGUUAUUAACAAAAAAGAUCCUAAUCAGUCCAGUAUCAUUUUAAUAGCUGGGAUUUUUAGAUACCUCUCCCACAUUCCAGGAAGUAAAAGUUGUUUUUUCCUGCUCCUCCUUCAGCGAAUAGUGUGUAGUUUUACAGCUGCGUGGUGGAGGAAGCAUUAGUAAUAUUUAUUUUUGAGAAAGACAAGUAGUUAAUUUGGAUAAUUCUAAGAUUUAUCCUAAACAUCAAUCCCUAAUUUUAAGAAAUCUGCUUAUAUAAAUAUUUUCUUUGAUUGGAUAAAUAAAUUUUGUUUGGUUCAUUUCCAAGCAAGUUA